AUGGCUCCAUUAUACAAAGUGAACAUUCCGAUUGGACAUGCGGGUGUGCCAUUUUAUUCGAAUAGUCAAACACCUGAUAACCAAAGAAGCUUGAUAGAUAAGGACUCCAUUUCCUCAAUUUUGCCCUUUGUGUCAUCUAGUAUCAAUUCAGAUACGUUUGGGGAUAAAGAUUAUAACUACCAUCCAUCAAUAGGCACCUAUAACCAAUACAGCUCGGUAAGGAACAAUUCUAUUGAAAGCCUGGAACCACUUUCAUUUUUUGAUAGACUCCCAUUUGAAAUAAAGCUCAAGAUUGCUAAUGAAUUAAACCAAUAUGAUGCUCUUAAUCUCAUGAAAGUCAGUAAGUCAUUUUUUCAGCCAGCUGUUGUGAGAUUGUAUCAUACUAUUGUCAUAGAUCCUUGCUAUUCUCAAUUCAACCAAGAAAUAUAUCAAGCUGAACUCCAAGAGCAUGAUCAAAGUGUUAAUUCAAGCACAUUUAUAAAGAUGAAGUACAGUCUAAAGAAUUUUUUGAAAAUCAUUAGUCAAGAGAUGCCAAUAGAAAUGUGUAAAAUCGGGUACUAUAACUCACAUUAUGGAUCACUUAUCAAUAAGAUUCAGUUUGUUGAACUUCCUGACGGAUUCAAUUCCCCUUUUGACUUGAAUUUCUUCACAUUUAUGUCUGUCAAGAGACUUGAAAGAUUGAGUAGAUUUUACUGGAGUUCUGAUGAAGAAUUAUCAUUUGAGAUUGUGAAUAGACUUCCAAAUAAGUCCAAUUUGAAUUCAUUGCAUGUUAGUGUUGAUUUCAAAAAAGUCAGAGCUGGCUCGACUGAAUUUGAAGCAUUUAGGGGGUUCAACAAUCUUGAAAAGUUAUCAUUAGAGCCAUUUUUAAAUUCUUUCAACCUUUUUCAAAUCUUCAAGAAUCUUUUAGAAGGAAACAAUGACAAGCUAAAUCUCAAGGUACUAAGGCUUGCAAGGGUAAACUCAAAUCAUAAUUUCAUCAAAAAUCCAUCAAGUUCAUUGCUGGUGUUGACAAGUUAUAUUAUUGAAAAUGAACCAAUAAAGCUCUCAGAAUACGAUAUGAAUUGUAUUUUGAAUCUUUUCAUUUUAUUCAGUGCUGCUGAAACUAGACUUGAAGAUUUGAAUGUUUUGUCUCUUGACUCUAUUGUUGUCUCUACUAUGGACGCCAGAAGAUUGGAUAGUGUAAUGAAUUUGGAAAAUUUGAAGCAAUUGGAGCUUAAGAAUAUUACUGAGGUUCAACUACCAGAAGAUGUACACUCCCCUUUAUCAAUGAAUGAUUUGUAUGCAAGGUUAGAUGCUGGGUUUUUGAAGCAUUUGGGUAAAAAUUUGAAAAACUUGACGAGGCUUUCAAUUGACUAUAGAGAAAGUUUAAGAGACACUGUUCCAGCAUUCAUUUACAAUUUGGAGAACUUGCAAGAGCUUGAUAUUACUAUUCGUUGGAAUGUAACCAAACUAUGCUCAAUUCAAUCAUGGAAGCACUUGUGCUUUAUGUAUAUCAAGGCAAUUUUGAAGCACAGUAAGACGCUUAAAAAGCUUUCCUUGGACACAAAGGAAGAUUCGGUGUUCUGUGAUUUACACAAGCUAAUCUUUACAGAAUGCUUGUUAGAGCUCGGUGGAUUAACUGAGUUGGAGUCACUUAGAUUACAUGGGUAUUCUCUACAGCCAUGUGGGCCGUUGUUGGCAUCUAUGUUGAAAAAGUUGAAGUAUUUUGAAUUGUUUGGUUCUGGGGCAGGUGGUGCUCCACAUAUGGGUCUGCAGGUUGUUCAUGAUGGAGUAUUGGAUGAUUGGUUUAGGGUACAGCAUGUUGCUGUUGCAAUAAGUGAGCAGAAUGAACAUAUCGAAUUCAUAAAAAUUGACAAAUGUCUGUUUGAAGUUCAAAAAACAGGAAAAUUACUACCACGGGAUGGACUAGAAGGUUGGUUUGAGAGUAAGGUUAGGGUUAUAUUAAAUAGGGUUGAUUUUUAA